AUGGGAACCAAGUUGGGCCACACCACUUCGCGACGUUCUGCCAACGGCUUCGAGCAGAUACCCGAUAUCCCAUACGACGGGAUGACGCACUCCAAUGACGCUACCAUUGACAUUCCCUUAACGGAGACCACCAGUCGGAAAUGGGACUCUAGUAAUGAAGAUGAGAAACACGGAAUCAACCCCGGGCGCCGGCGCCGCGUGGACUCCGACAUCAACGACGUCAGGGGCAAGGCGGCUGCUGCCCCAGACGAUGGUACCAUCAACACCGUUGGCCGUAUCUACCAGGCCAUCUAUAACUUCUCUCUUAUCACUCGCUACAUGAUCUACGUUCUGCCCGUGGGUUGCCUGAUCGCCAUUCCUAUCAUCAUUGGAGCUACUGCCGAGCCCAAUGCGAAGAUUGGUGGUGUCCAUAUCACUUGGUUCUUCGCCUGGUUCGAGGUCGUCUGGGUCGGCCUUUGGGUGUGCAAAAUCUUCGCUAAAGUCAUUCCUUACAUCUUUCAAACUCUGUGCGGUAUUGUCAGCUCCGGUACCCGCAAAUAUGCGCUCAUUCUCAAGUCUCUCGAACUCCCUCUCACACUCGUUUUUUGGUGUAUCGUGAACCUGGUCACUUUCCUCCCUGUCAUGAGCUACAAUGCCGACAAGCAGGCGUCUGGCAACACGAGCGUGGCAUCCUGGGAAAAGAGUGUCAAGAACAUUCUGUUCGCCCUGCUUGUCUGUUCUCUCAUUUACCUGGUCGAGAAGGCGGCGGUCCAGCUGAUCUCGAUCAGUUACCACCGCAAGCAAUUUGAUCUCAAGAUCAAGGAGUCGAAGCACCACGUCUUUCUUGUCACUAUGCUAUUCGAGGCCUCUCGCAAAAUGUUCCCGAUGUACUGCCGAGAGUUUGAGGAGGAGGACAUUAUUAUUUCUGACCCUGUCCUUGCUCAGGUCACUCACAAGAGCAAACGCAGCUCCAUGAUGCCCUUGCGUAUGGUUCAAAACGUUGGACGCGCUGUGGGUCAAAACGUCAGCCGUAUGGGUGACAGGGUUCAAGCUGCCGUAGGCAAUGUAGCAACUGAGCUCACAGGAAAGGCGAUGUUCAAUGGCAAUGCCGCUCACUCCAUUGUCAUUGAAGCGUUGGAGCGCAAGCGCUGUGCAGCUGCUCUUGCCCGCCGUAUUUGGAUGUCUUUUGUUGUCGAGGGCCGCGAGUCCUUGUUCAUUGAUGAUAUUGUCGAGGUCCUUGGUCCGGAACACGAGGCUGAUGCUGAAGAUGCCUUCGCCAUGUUGGAUAGGGAUGGUAACGGUGAUAUCAGUCUCGAUGAAAUGAUUCUUGCUGUCACCGAGUUGGGUCGUCAGCGCAAGGCUCUGAACCACAGCAUGCACGAUGUCGACCAGGCUAUUAACGUGCUGGACAACCUGUUGCUUUGUUUUGCUGGUGUUAUUGGUGUUCUCGUCUUCAUAUCUUUUGUUACCACUGGGUUCGGGACCGUGAUUGCCGCUGCCGCUACUUCCCUGCUGUCUGCUUCUUUCGUGUUUGCCACCACUGCCCAAGAGGUUUUAGGCUCUUGUGUCUUCUUGUUCGUCAAGCAUCCCUUCGAUAUUGGCGAUCAUGUUUGCAUCAGCGACAAGGAGUACGUCGUGGAACGGAUCUCUCUGCUCUUUAGUGUCUUCCGUACUGUUGCCGAUUCCCGCAUGACCCAGGUCCCGAACAACAUCCUCAACAGUCUGUGGAUUGAUAACUUCACCCGCGCCAAUGCUAUGCACGAACAGCUCACUGUUGCCUGUGCCUUUGACACCAGCUUUGCUGAGAUCGAGGCUCUCCGUGGAGAGAUGGAGGUCUUCGUUCGUGACAAGGAUAACUCUCGUGACUUCCAACCCGACUUCAACAUCGAAGUUGUCGGUGUCGGCGACAUGGAUAAGCUUGAAUUGCGUGCCGAUAUCCGUCACAAAUCUAACUGGUCUAAUGAGAUUGUACGUGCUGCCCGCCGCUCCAAGUUCAUGUGCGCUUUGGUUCUUGCGAUGCGCAAAGUUAAGAUCCGUGCUCCUGGUGUUGCUGCCGAGGAGGAAUCUAAGGACGGUGAUGAUAAGGAUGACAAGGACGACAAGCCCGCAGAGGAUGGUGGCAUCAAGCCGGCUGCCGCUGCGAAUGGCGUUGCUGCCGCUGGUACCAUGUCGCCCGAUACUGCUCGCGCUUCUGGCUUCGACCAAAACCAGAACACUGGAAAGUUGACUCAACGUGGAUCUGCAAACAACCCGGACCUGUCUACCGAAGCUGCUAUUGCAAGCCAACUAAACGCCCGCCCACCGAUACCGAUAAAUGACAUUAUUGUCCAGGAGAGCGGUCUCCAGCGUGUUCCUACUGGUGCUUCUAGCCCAGACCGUAACCCGGACAUCUCUCGUGCUCUGUCUACUGGACAGCGCAAGGCUGGCACUCGUGCUUCUCAGCAGGGCGGCCCGUUCCCGUCUCAACUGCCUGUGCCAGCUGGUCUCACCCAGUCGAACAGCAAUGUCCCUAUCCUCAAUGACCCAGCUCCUCCCGGUUCCCGUGGCAGUGCUCGUUACGAGCCUCCCGCCCAUGCUACCGGUGCCCAGUCCAACCCUAUCAUUGGCUCGCCUGACCCUAACACCUACAACACGUCCUAUUACUCCCAGACCCAGAACCACCAGAAUAACACCUACGAGUCUAUCCCACUGGGGGGGAUUUACUUCCGUAGCUCCCCACGAGCAACCCCCUGCUUCCGGCCAGACUUCCAGCAGCCACUACCCGGAAAGUUACGACCCCGUCUCCCCUCCUCGAUCUACUCGCCACCACAGCCCGAUGCUUCUUCUCACGUCACUGAACAGCCUGCGGGACGUCGUCAGUCGCUGCUGGCCCGGACUUUCCGCAGGGGCAAAGAUCAGUCACCUUAUGCUGAGCACGAGGCAUGA